AUGACAGAAGGAUUGACAAAAUAUUUUGCUUGUUUUUUCUCUCUCUCUCUCUCUGUUACCCCCACAGGUUCCCUCGCUUGUUCUCUCUCUCUCUCUCUCUCUCUCUCUUGUUCCUGGUCUGUGCCCCCACAGGUUCCCUCGCUCAUUCUCGCCCGCACAGGUUCCCUCGCUCGUUGUUUUCUCUCUGUUAACCCCGCACAGGUUCCCUCGCUCGUUGUUUUCUCUCUGUUAACCCCUGCACAGGUUCCCCUGCUCGUUGUUUUCUCUCUGUUAACCCCCCACAGGUUCCCUCGCUUCGUUGUUUUCUCUCUGUUAACCCCUGCACAGGUUCCCUCUCGUUGUUUUCUCUCUGUUAACCCCCCCACAGGUUCCCUCCCUCUCUCUCUCUCUCUCUGUUACCCCCCCCACAGGUUCCCUCUCUCUCUCUCUUACCCCCCCACAGGUUCCCUCUCUCUCUCACCCCCCCCAGGUUCCCCUCUCUCUCUCUGUUACCCCCCACAGGUUCCUCUCUCUCUCUCUGUUACCCCACCCACAGGUUCCCUCUCUCUCUCUCCCUCUGUUAACAACAGGCGAGGGAACCUGUGGGGGGUUCUCUCUCUCUCUCUCUGUUACCUCCCACAGGUUCCCUUGCUCAUUUUCUUUCUCUCUCUCUCUCUCUGUGUUAACCCCACAGGUUUCCACACUUCUUCUCUUGCUCUGUUAUCAGCUUCCCUCAUUCUUUCUCUUAUUCACUUUCUUUCUCUGUUGGCCUCUGUCCUCUCUCUGUUUCUCACUCUUUCUUUUUAUGUUGCUGCCAUGUUCCUGUCUCCUCUCUCUGCCUCCCCCCCCCGGUUCUCCUCUCUCUGCCUCCCCCCCCCGGUUCUCCUCUCUCUGCCUCCCCCCCCCGGUUCUCCUCUCUCUGCCUCCCCCCCCCGGUUCUCCUCUCUCUGCCUCCCCCAGUUCUCCUCUCUCUGCCUCCCCCCGUUCUCCUCUCUCCCUCCCCCAGUUCUCCUCUCUGCCUCCCCCCCGUUCUCCUCUCUCUGCCUCCCCAGUUCUCCUCCCCUCCCCCCCUUCUCCUCUCUCUGCCCCCCCCGUUCUCCUCUCUCUGCCCCCCGUUCUCCUCCCUCUGCCUCCCCCCCCGUUUCCCCUCCCUCUGCCUCCCCCCGUUCUCUCCUCCUCUGCCUCCUCCUCAGCUCUUCUGUCUCUCCCUCUGUCUCUCUCUCUCUCCUCUCUUUUUCCCUUGACUGCAGAUGGUUUUUCGAUUCUUUUUUUUCUUUUUCUCUACCCCUCUCUCUCUCUCUACCCCUCUCUCUCUCUCUACCCCUCUCUCUCUCUACCCCUCUCUCUCUCUCCCCUCUCUCUCUCCCCUCUCUCUCUCUACCCUCUCUCUCUCUACCCUCUCUCUCUCUACCCCUCUCUCUCUCUCUCCCCUCUCUCUCUCUACCCCUCUCUCUCUCUACCCCUCUCUCUCUCUCUACCCCCCUCUCUCUCUCUACCCCUCUCUCUCUCUCUACCCCUCUCUCUCUCUCUACCCCUCUCUCUCUCUACCCUCUCUCUCUACCCCUCUCUCUCUCUCUCUACCCCUCUCUCUCUCUCUCUCUACCCCUCUCUCUCUCUCUCUACCCCUCUCUCUCUCUCUCUACCCCUCUCUCUCUCUCUCUCUCUCCCCCUCUCUCUCUCUCUCUCUACCCCUCUCUCUCUCUCUCUACCCCUCUCUCUCUGCUUUUCCUCUCCUUUUCUCUUUCUCCCUCCAUGUCUUCCCCCUUUUCUCUCUUCCAAUAUAAAUCUAAUGUUUAUCUCUCAAACAGUACACUUUCUCUUACUCCACACAAUAACCUUCUUUGGUUUCUUUGUCGCUCUCUCUCUCUCUCUCUCUCUCUCUCUCUGAACAAUUACUUGUCUUUCCACUUACAAACUCUUCUUUCUCUUUCAAUACACACCCAUACUCGCAUUUUGUCUCUUCUCUUUUAA